GCACAUUUGCUUGUCUAUCGGCCGGUUGCCGGUCCACCCGCAGCUAGAUCGUAGGCGUGCUCCCACGGCGUGCUCCCGUAGCGCGCCCGCAAGCUCUCGCUUUAGCGGUACACUAGACCCCACGGACGCGUCUUGGCGCAGCCAUUGCAUUUACAACAACGCACACAUACAUACGCGUGCUUCUCAUCAUACCUGGGUUUACGCAUUGCACCCUACCUCCACUGAAGUAGCGAGGCAACGCCAUCCGCUCCAGCCAUGUGUCCGAAGGGCAGACUGCAGGCGAAACCACCUGCAUAUAGUUUUCUGGGAGCUUAAGCCGUAAAGCAACCCAAUAAGCUAAGCGAGCGAGUGGGUUCGCGUGUGACAAGGCAGUUGAAAAGCUCGCUCCAUAAGCGCACACCGCGCCCGCGUGGCUGGAGUCGUCGCUUGGACUACUGUGAGCUUGCACGUCGUGGCAGGCGCCGUUUCAAGUUCGGACUUGUGUCUGCCAGCUACCCCGAACUCAGCAUGGUAACCGCCACGGUUCUGGGCCACACCGCGCCGCUGCAUCGGACAGUACGGGCACAGCGGUCACGUCAUGUAUGUGGAGCAAUGUCGGUGACCAGCAAUUGAAGGUUAUCCGCAACUCCGCGGCCGGCAACCUUCGCAUCAACGGCCGGCCCCACCCGACAUGCGCCGGCGCACACCUGCGCAACAGCCGCGGCCUUGGCAGGCGGCGUCGAUGUAGCCUCCGGCGACUAUGAGCUGCGGCCACAGUGCUCAGGUGCUUGAGCAGUUUGCUGCGGUGUCGGACUACCCUAAGCUAUUCCGCGCGCUGACGCUCGUCUCGUGCGGCAAUCUCAGGUCGCCGGCGACGGCGCCGUUGGGGCUGGCCCUUUUGAGGAGGCCACACAGCAGCCGUAUGACUUAUCAGCUUGGAGUGAAGGAGAUGAGCGAAGCGGAGUGAAGAAGUGAUGCUGCAAGCCUGUUGUAUGCAGGCAAACGCGGCAGGCAUAGAAGAGAAGCUAGAUCAGUUGUGCGGACGGCGGGCUCACAUGCAGGAGUGCUGGCCAAGGUGCUGGCACUGGAUGGCAAUGUAUCGAAUCCUAGGCGGCCAGGGCACAUAAGCCGUAGAUUUACACUGUGUGUGACAGUCCAGAUGACGACGUGGUGUUGAUGCACUCGUGGGCAUGCGCAGGGCAUGCGAACCAGAGUAAAGGGAUAGGCAACUUUUGCAAAAUGCCAUCAAGAUGUGUCAUAUGCAUGUGCAACGGCAUGCAGAUAGGGGGCUGUUCAGAAGCCAUGCCGUGCCUACGGCGCGGCAGCGCCCGAGACAAGGUAUGCAGGCAUUAUUGCAUUGGUU